AUGUAUUUUCUUGCGAUCGCUCUAGCGGUUCAAAUCGUGGCAUCCGUCACAGUCCCGGGAAACCCUGGUUUAGUCCAGCAACAAACAGAUACUCCAAACACCUAUCGUUCUGGGCAAGAUCAGGACUACAUACCAUCCUCACCAUCACCAGAGCCUAUCGAAGUCCUCGAGCUAUCCUUGCCACCAGUCGCUCCCACUCGUAACCCCGGGUCAUGUUCCAUCGACAUCAACCCACGCAGGACAGGCUGCAUUGCACGCGACCUACAGAGGCAAAAGUUCCAAUCUGGAGAUUUCACCCCAGACGGAACGCACGUCGUUGUGAAUGUCGAGUUUGUUGGUGCUCCAGCUUCCCCGGAUCCAGCAAGCAUCUACACCGGUGAGCAGUUGAUCCUCAUCAAAGCGGACGGGACCAACUUCACGAACGGCGAUACGUGGAAAUGCCUCAGUUGCGGUGUGCCAGCUGAAAACGCUCGAGAGCUGCAGCCCGAACGAGAUUACCCACACGUCUUUCGCCGCGGCACAAAAGCAAUCUGGGGUCACAAUAUUCUCGACUGCGAUGGCGAGCAACUGAGCAGUUCAGCCUGCACGCCCGACCAUAUCCACAUCUACCCAAUCCACUGGCCAGGCACCAACAGCACUCCGCGAGAGCUGCGCGUUCACCCAGAUGACACGCACAUCGGCUGGAGUUCCUUCACCGCUGGCGGCCAAUUCGCAUACUUUGGUCGUCUCUCCUUCAACGCCUUGCCAACCUCCGAGCCCCUCGUUCCCCGUUACGACCUAGUCAACGUAAAUCUCCUCGUAGAUCCUACACGCGCGACUCCCCUCAGCACAAACGGGACCCACCUCACCAUCCACCGCGACGCCAUCACAGUCGGCGAACUCCGCGGCUUCAGCGGCUCGGGCGACGAGAUAACGUACAUCGGCUACCCUUCGGAGUCCACGAACAUCGAUCUCUACGCCGUACAUGUGCAGACGGGGGUUGUGCGGCGUCUGACGAGCCAUCCCGAGUACGCGGACCCGAUCUCCUUCUCGGCAGACGACGAGUGGUUCGUCACGAUGGACACGCGCGGAAGCGAUCGGCAGAUGUGGAUGGCCGGUCUCCGAGGUAUACCGCCUCUCAUCGAUGUGGUAGCUGUUACGGCGGCGGCGAGUACGAGAAACAAUGGCGCGCGCCGCUUCUUCCAGCCCGUUCUCCUCGACCGGCACGGUGACCGCGGAAAUUACUUCGGACAACAGGUCAACGCCGCCGGUAACGGGACAAGCGGUGCUGUUGACGAUGUAAACUGGAAUGGGCGCGCGGAUCCAGCGUUUUCGCCCGACGGGACGAAGAUUGUGUACUGGCAAGCUCUUGUAAGCGCGCCGGCUUGUGGGGGUGAGAAUAUGCUGAAGUGCCCUGAGUCGACAGCACAGGGCGGGAGGCAGUAUCGUGUUAUGCUUGCGAAGCUGGAGAGUCGGGAGCCGGUUGUGCCGAAGAUGGUGUAUAAGGUUCCUGACUAUUUGCCGUGGGCGACGAAGUUUAUACCGGGCGAGGUUCCGACGUCUCCGCUUGUCGUCGAACCGGGUACUUACACGCUCAAUAGCAAAGUAUCUGGGCACGCACAGAUCCACUUCUUUGGCGACGAGCACAUCGAUCGCAUUGCAGUCAUCUAUACUGACUACUCCGAUGACGGGGACUGCGUUCUAAAUGGCUACGAGGAUGUCACAGUCUCUAUCACGCCUCCCAAGGUCUGGGAGAACACAUUGAGAUGGUACUCAAAUCUUGUACAAACGCGAGAUGGAGUGGUAACCGGCACGAAGACAACAGGUCCGGGCGGGUUGCAUCUGAAGAUCGAUGCAAUGACGAAUAUCCUCGAAGCGAAUGGGACGCUGACGACGACGGUUGAGGGGCGAAGAUAUGAGCAGCCGCCGAACGGGACUUAG